UUUCAUCUUUUUCUAUUUGUGUAUUUUAAUUUCUUCAUGAAUAACAAAGUAUUACAAUUAGGUUUCAGGAUAACAUUGUUUUUUACUGGAUUUUGUAAUGUAUGAUCUCGAUUAUUUCCUUCGUUCGGAUGUAUGUACAGUAAAACACCAUUUUGAUGCUUAUUUAGGGUUUUUCAAUUUUCCGUCCAUGAUGCUGUUACACUAGUAGAUGCUCUCAAUUUUGGUGCUAGAAGCUUAACAACACUCAUAACUAAGGAUCGAGAUGGGUUUAUUGCUGUCUGAUAAGUUUACUCACUGUAUAAGACAUUCAUUGGUCUUAAGGAAUUCAAUUAGCAUUUUAGCAGAAGGCAGGGGUUAUUUGUGUUCUAAGUUAGCCACGCUGAACCGGUUCUAUCGCAUUCACAAAACCGCCUUUAUCUGAGCCAAUUCAAGGAUUCAACUCCAAAAUGAGCCUAAAUCUAAAGUUAUGGGACUCUUCCAUAAUGGUACUUUAAGUACAAAGAAGAAUUAUUGUUCAAAUUCUCUUACUGAUCCUAAUAAGAUUUCGGCACCUAAUCUCAUGGAGGCAUGUUCUAUUGGGUCUAAGCUUCCCUUUAUCCAAGAUAGAUCGGCAAGUCAUGUUUAGUGAUGUCAUGAAAAUCAUGAGGGUCUGACCAUAGAGGAGGUUGAUGAGAGCCUUACUUGAAUGUAGCUAGCAUUCUUGCUUUGAUAUGCUUGCUUCAGUUAAAGAAAUGUUUGUUAGGAGAGUUCAUAUCGGAACACUUGAAAUGCUUCCCCAGUGUUGGAAAAAUCAGGAUCACCGGUUUGAUGGUGAAAAGGAAAUCAUUCUUCUAUCAUCUCCCUGAUUCAUUGCCAAUCAAGAAUGCUUUUCAGAGGUGGAAGGGAGCCUGGUUUCUUCUCAUAGAAGCAAAUCUGGUGAGCAACUCUUCUUACCCUUGUGCCGGUGAAUUUGGUGACAUAUCUAAUGAAGAUUCCGGAGUUACUCCCCGAAGACAUUGCUGUAACAUUGGGAACAAAAUAGACUCGAACCCCAGAGAAGAAGGGAUUUCUCUGCCAGCAGUCGAGACCCCCAUAUCAGUGAAUGGUAUUAUUACAAGAUAUUUUCCCGAGUACGAAGAGGCGAAGUCUCCGGAUGUAGGUAGUGUCAGUAAGAAUGAUGUUGAAGCUCAUCCAGGCUGCCCAGUUGACCUAGAAAAGUUCCCGAGAAGCAAAAAUAAUGUAGAUCAGAGACCACCUCAUAUUAUGAAAACACCAUCUUCGUUGCUACCGGGUCCAGUGUGUACAAAACCAAAACAAGAAACUUCGAGGGGGAAAUUUGGAAGAACCGAAGUUGGUAAACGGUUGGCUGUAGCAGCAAAUAGUAUCAGGGUUUCAACAGGUACUAAGACAUCAGUGAGCUCUGCCUGCCUAUCUACAGUUGACAAGUUUCCGACGUCGCUUAUAAGAAAAAUUGUUUUUGAAGUCAGUGAUAAUGAUGAUUGAGGAAAUCUAACAGGUACAAAGCCACUUGUGUAUACUACAAAUAUUUUGCCAUGACACCAGAACUAUAUCAAGGAAUUACCCGGCUAAAAGUGAUGCUGGCGAGUCUACUUUUUAGAUGUACAGAAAAGGCUUAAGUUUGGGUUGAUCUUACCAGCUCUAAGGAGAAAAUACAAUGUGGACACACCCUUGUAGCAUAAAGUCCAAAUUGGGAAAGACACCUUUAGAGGAAUUUUUGGGUUCCAAACUUACUUGUGAGGAAAUGUUAAGCAUGGCAUCCACAUCAAGCGAAGAUUUGCAGUUGGCAACUGAAGAAGACUCGACGUGUUUUACAAACAACUAGACACAAAGAAGGUCAACAGAAGAAGACUCGACGUGUUUUACCUUAAAAUCAAAAAGCAACUUGCAAACCAAAACAAAGAAUACUAUCAAGUAGGAUAUUCUUCAAGAUCCUCUAUGGUUAAAUCAUCAUGAUUUUCACAAAAUCCUUAAACAUGUCUUGGCGAUCUAUUUUUCGAGGGGGGAGUCUAAUCCCCAUGAAGAACCAAAUUCCAAAAGCUAAUAUCUUCAGUGGUGAUGGAAGGGAACAAAGGAGUAGAUCUUUCCUCGAAGAAAUUUGAAGAACAGACCAAAGAGUGUGAACAUCUGGUGAUAGGGUUCUUUGCUGGCCCCAGAUUAUCAUUUCCUUUGGUUCAAGAUGCUGUCACCAAGUUAUGGAAACUCAAAUCAGAGGUAAGAAUCUCAAUUCAUGGGGAUAAUGCUUUUGUAUUCAAUUUUGUGAACGAGGAAGAUAGAAGAGCUGCUCUUGAACAGGGAGCGUUCUCUAUUGCCAACAAACUGUUCAUUGUUAGACCUUGGUGCCCUCUAAUUGAGCAGUCCAUUGCAGAGAUGAAGACAAUUCCCGUAUGGAUUUUGAUCUACAAUGUUCCUCUUCACUUCUGGAACAAACUAGGCUUAAGCUCUAUUGCUAGUUUUGUUGGAAACCCUUUGAUGAUGGAUGAAUGUACUAAGAAGAAAACUAGACUUAGAUAUGCUAGAGUGUGUGUUGAGAUUAGUUUUGAUUGCUCA